AUGGGUCUUCAACUUUACGAUCUGGUGGUGCUCUUCUUCAGCGUCGUCCUAGAUAUCUUCUUCCGGGAGAUCAGACCGCGGGGCUCUCAUAAAAUCCCCGUAGAAGGGCCUGUAAUCUUUGUCGCCGCGCCUCAUGCUAAUCAGUUUGUAGAUCCAUUGAUUCUUAUGAGACAUUGUUGUCGACGUGUCUCUUUCCUUAUAGCGGCAAAGUCAAUGAAACGUAAAUAUAUUGGUGCAAUGGCACGUGCAUUACAAGCUAUUCCUGUAACCAGGCCUCAGGAUCUCGCCAAGCCGGGCACAGGAAAGAUUCAGCUGUUCGAUAGAAAGUCUGAUCCGACUCGCAUUAUUGGCAUCGGUACUCGAUUCACUGAAGAAUUGGGCGUUAGAGCUCAGAUUAGCUUACCCAAAAAUCGGGGCAUUUCUGAAGUGGUGACGAUCAUAUCAGAUACCGAAUUGAUUGUUAAGAAAGAAUUUAAAGAUCUGAAUGCGUUGGAAAUGUUAACGAAACCAGAAGGAUCCGAAUAUUACUGCAUACCUCAUAUAGACCAAAGUCAAGUGUAUAAGGCUGUAUUCGAGACGUUGAACGCCGGGAGAUGUAUUGGAAUAUUUCCAGAAGGUGGAAGUCAUGAUAGAACCGAGAUAAUGCCAUUAAAAGCCGGUGUAUCCGUAAUGGCACUUGGUGCAAUGGCUGCUAACCCUAAUCUUGAUGUAAAGAUUGUCCCUUGUGGUCUCAAUUACUUCCAUGCUCACCAUUUCCGAUCGCGUGCGGUUGUUGAGUUUGGUGCACCAAUAUCAGUACCCAGAGAACUUGUACAGAAAUAUAAUAAAGGUGGUAAUUAUAAGAGAGAAGCAUGCGGCAAACUGCUGGAUACUAUUUAUAACGCCCUGAUAUCGGUCACCGUAAAUACACCAGAUUACGAAACUCUUAUGGUUAUCCAAGCAGGGCGCCGGCUAUAUAAACCAGCCCAUCGUAAGCUGCCGAUAUCCCAAGUUGUGGAAUUGAAUCGUCGAUUUGUCGAAGGAUAUUUGCAUUUCAAAGAUGAUCCAAGAGUACAAGAGAUACGAAAUAAGGUCAUGAAAUACAACCGAUUAUUAAAAGAUUACGGUCUCAAAGAUCAUCAAGUUAAUAAGACGGCGUUGGGAGGAGGUAGAGCCGCCGGUCUUUUAAUAUAUAGAAUACUAAUUCUAUCAGUUUGGACUAUCCUGGGCCUGCCUGGCUUCAUUUUGAAUCUCCCGAUUGUACUAAUUUCUCGUUGGAUAAGUGGUCACAAGGCCAAAGAGGCUGUUGCUGCAUCGUCCGUCAAAGUUGCAGGUCGUGACGUAGUAGCAACAUGGAAGGUUCUCGUCGCUCUUGUGGUUACACCUAUUUUAUAUGGAUUCUACGCGUUUAUUGUCUUGUUUCUAUCAUUCAAGUAUGAUUGGCCAACAACAUGGAAGAUAUACGGUCCUAUAUUAUCAUAUUUCUUAAUGAUGGCUGGAAGUUAUGCAACAGUGCGUUUACUUGAAACUGGACUCGAUAUCUAUAGAUCACUACGGCCGUUAUUCCUUUCUCUACUACCCGGAGCUCGACCAGCCAUCCAAAAUCUACGACAUGAACGAGAAAAAUUGUCACAAGAUCUCACUGCACUCAUAAACGAAUAUGGCCCAAAGAUAUACGACGACUUUGACGCAGAACGGAUAAUACAAGCAGACAAACAAGGAACAAAGACACCGAAUAGGCAGAGUCUUUUCAGCUCUCCUAUAAACUGGCUUGAUGAUAAGGUUUUCAACUGGGAACGUGCUGCAGAUUCAGAAUACGACGACGUAUUCUUCUUUAUGGAUAAACAGAAUGGAGGAAUUACCGGACGCAGUAGAACCAGUUCAUGGGCCGCCAGCGGAGCCAGUUCGGCAUCGCGUAGUCGUACAAACUCUUUCGGUGCUGAAGCAAUGAGAGUAGAAUCGUUGACUCAAUUGCCCAGAGAUAAACCAUUUUCAGAAGUAAAUGGAAGGGGUCUUAUUCCGCGUGUUGAAGUGCAUCACGUCGAUGAGGAUACCGGGUAUCAGGGUGAUAAAGAAGAUGGGUUUACAAAAAAGACCCAAUAA